AUGGAUCAAGACCGAUACCUACCGUCCAAACGACGUCGCACCUCCAGCGCAGACUCAUCCUCAUCUCGAAAUUCCUUCGCCGACCCAAGAUCCCAUCCUCUCCCGCGAAGACUUUCCGAUUCGACUCGAUCAAGGCUGCAUUCAAGAAGAGGGAGGACAUACUCAAGUUCCAGAAGUAGAGAUGCCAGUCGAGACGACACACCUCAUCGUCGCCGCUCAAGGAGUCGUUCUUCUCCGAGGAGACGCUCAAGCAGAAGUCCAACUGGCAGCUCAACGUACGACUCUGCACCAGAACAUCAACAACUCUCCAGGUCACAUACACGACGGCACUCCAGAUCCCGGUCGAGAUCUUACACGUCCUCGCUAGAUCGCCCACGCUCUCAGUCUCGCUCAGUCUCGCCUAUUCCGCAACCAUCAGAGAAACCAAAGUCCUUGAACUUUACUCCGCUACUCAAUAUCUCCCGUGCCCAUGCAAGAGGGAUCACAUCUCUCAAGUUCUCCCCGGAUAUGGUUCUUCUGGCCACCGCUUCUGCCGACAAUGCCAUACACAUCUACUCCGUUCCUGCAGAUCCAACAUCCGAUACAACCUUCAAACACUUGCGCACCCUGCGCGCUCAUCUUGCAGGCGUCAAUGCCAUCGCAUGGUCUCCUGUCGGUCCACCUUACACACUCGCCUCGGCCAGCGACGACAAAUCCAUUCUCCUCUGGUCUCCAUUGGCCUCCGAUUUUCCCAUCUCCCCCUCCCCACUCACCGGACAUAGCAACUACGUUUACUCUCUCGCCUUUAGCCCCAAGGGUAACAUGUUAGUUUCGGGCUCAUACGACGAAGCCGUUUUUCUCUGGGACGUGCGCUCAGGCCGAGUCAUGCGCAAUCUACCCGCUCAUUCCGAUCCCGUAGGUGGCGUGGACUUCCUCCGCGACGGAACUAUGGUCUGCUCAUGCGCCGGCGACGGUCUGAUCCGCAUCUGGGACGCCGGAACAGGUCAGUGUUUAAAAACACUCGUCGACGAGGACCGACGACCCGUGACCGCGGUGCGUUUCACACCCAACGGUAAAUUCGUCCUCGCCUGGACUCUUGACAACUCCAUCCGCCUUUGGCGCUACACGGAGGGCACCUGCGUCAAGACCUACCAGGGUCACCUCAACCAAGAAUACAGCCUCUCCGGCACCGUAGGCAGCUACUCUCACUUUUCAAAUGGUCUUCGGAGUCUCGAGGCCUUCGUCGCCAGUGGUUCGGAAGACGGCGACGUGCUUGCAUGGGACGUGACGAGCAAAGAAGUCCUCUGGCGCGGCAGGGGCCACAUGGAUGUCGUGCUCGGCGUGGAUUUCGGUCGGACUAAAGCCGGCAAAGGCCUCUUGGUUAGCGGCGGCAAGGACCGUGACAUUAGAGUCUGGAUCCUUGAGGGCGAAGAUAAUGGCCCCGACCGGAUGACAAUGACGGGUGGUGAUAACGAUAUGGAUAUGAACAUGACGAUGGAUAUGGACGGGGAUGGAGAUGUGCACAUGCACGGUGGACAUGGUGACAGUGAUAGACAUGGAGAUCAUGAUAUGGACCGAAGUGCAUUAAGGGAGAACGGUGUGCUAGAUACGGAUACCCCUUGA